AUGCAAGUAUUCAGCGAUGACGAUCAGAGUUCGCCAUUCUCAAAGUUCGCGGACGCGCUCUCUCCGAUCCAGCAAGCCAGGGCAGUGCGAGAUGCGGCGUUUCAAGAUGGGUCCCGCUCGCCUCCAUUUCGAUCUCCCACACGACCUCGCGGCAGAGGUCGAUUACGACGGGCGUCUCGGAAGCUCGCGAACUGGUCUCCCGGUUCCACGACCCCGCAAAUGACUCUGGGCAGUGGGGAUGCGAGCAAGGUGCCGCCGUCGCCACUGGAUCGCAAGUCUUUGGCAGACUCCGACAUCCCCAGCCUCUCCCCACGCCGCUCGCUCUCGCUUCCCUUCUCCAAACCCCAACCUGGGGACCGCGUUCGCUCGUCACCUGACACUGCCUGUGAUGCGUCUGGGCUGAAGGUGGCGGCGCCUGCUGGCUCUCGGUUAUCCGUCUGGGUGCAACAGCCUAAGGACGGCGCGCAUGAUUCUGGCAGUGGCAAGUCAAGCGCUUUGACGCCACGUCAUGCGUCGUGCACCCAAGAGCCUCCGUCGAGUAAUGCGGCAGAAGGUGACAAUAGAUUUCUUACCUUGGCUCCGCCCGUUGCUCAUAGCGAGGAUGCUACUCCACUGGAGCGCGCGAGCUCGGGGAAUGUGAGAGAGAAAGAGGAUAACUCACGUAUGAGGUCGUUGAACGAUGCCGAGCAUGCACAGAGUGGAGAAUGCUGUGAGGGCGGGCUGACAGCCGAGGAGAAACUCGAAGAGGAGGAUGAGUGGGAGCACGGCGAGGCGGAUGACGAAGCCGCGGAGCUGGGGUGCUCGGCGCAAACGCCGACGGCGGGUGACGAGGGCGGAAGAGGCUCGCAGGGACGCGGCGAUCCGCCUCAGCAAACCAACGACGGCGCAGAGCGUCGUGAAGAGGAGAAGAAAGAUGACGCGGUGGGGGAAGACCCUAGGAGUGGCAGACCUGGGCGAGUAGGCGAUACCGGUGCUGGUGAGGGCGGCUGCAGGCCAUUCCGCAGUGUGAAGGAUCGCGCGGGGGCAUUUGAAAUUUGGCAGUCGCCUAAGAAGCCACGCAUGCUGAUAGAGGGCUUCGGCGAAUCGCCAGCGAAGGCAACGCCAGGGGGCAUGAUGACGUGGCAGUCACCCGACGGCAAGCGCAGCACCCCGUUGCGCACGGCGCUGUUCACCCAGUCGUACCGAGGCAUGGACGGCACGGGGCUCGAUUCCAGCCCCAUGAGCGAGGGCUCCGUGCGGCGCAUGUGGGAGCUGGGCUCGCCUGGCGCCCUGUCGUCACCGGGAAUGGGUCUGGGCACCAUUGGCAUGCACAUGGGUAUGGGGCUGGGUUUGGGUUUAGGCGUGGGCAUGGACGACGGGCAUCUGGGGUUCGGAGAGCUUCCUGAUGUUCUGGCGUCUGGCGACCCUAUGGAGCGCCUCAGGGCCAUGCAGCAGGAAGGCGUGGAACGAGGCAGGUUGUUCCUCGAGCGGCCUCGGGGAUUCACGGCGCUGGUGGGCACUGGCCCGCCCGGUAGCGCGAAAGAGGCUGUCACGCCGAGGGGCCUGGAGAGCCGUUAUGCAGGCUCGUUGUUGCGGACUCCAUAUGCAGCAGCGCCGACCGCUGCUGCUGACGGCAAUCUCCAAGGUGCAACGGCCAACCAGACUCAUACUCUUAUUGACCCAGACGUGCCUGACGGCGCGGCUGCUGGUUGCAGUGGGAAGGACGACAGUCCCCAUGCUGGCCGCAACACUGGCGUCGCGGAAGCAGAUCUGCCAGCGGUACGCAGCCAUCAUGCGGGUGACCCUCACCACCACGCCAUCGAUCUCACCCGUGCUGGCGCUCCUGGUGACGGCUCGUGGCAGUUGCCUCCGGCGCACACGGAUGCCGCGCCGUCAACGUACCGCACCCGCCACGUGCACGACGACCGGAUGCGCGGGCGCGGAUGCGCAGCAGAGGGCGCGCGUGAGCUGCCUGAACGCGAGCGGGAGCUCGACGCUUCAGGGGUGGCCGCGAUGGAGGAGCGCAAAGGCGGGGAUGCUGAGGCGGCGUGCGCGCAUGGUCAGGCCGCGGGCGGUGGGGGAGGCGGAGGAGUUGGGGGGGAAGACAUCCGAGUGCGGCGCAUGAACAGUGGCGAGGGGGCUGCGGGGCACGCAGCGCGGCAGCUAGCGCAGGGGCGCUGGGCAGGAGGUGGUGCACAUGGGGGCGUGGAGGAGCAUGGUGCAGUGCCGGCGGGAGUGGAGUAUGCGAGUGCGUCCACUGGAGACGUGUCUGAGAGCGAUGAGGGCUCGCUCGUUCAAGGAAGCAGCCACCACAUUUCCAUCAGCUACUGUGAGUGCUUUCGGGCAAAUGUGUAUUGCGGGGACGCAUGCCGCUGCAACGAGUGCCAGAACACGCCUCAGUACGAAUCCCUGGUGCUUGCCACACGGGCAGCCAUUCAGGCUCGGAACCCCACAGCCUUCCAACCCAAGAUCAUCACUGCCCCUGCAGUUGGCCCUGCAUCAUCCCUUUCACGACCCAAGGCGCCCGUGUCUGCUGCAUCACCACUGCCAGCAGCGCCUCCUAAGGCCCCGCGGCACAAGACGGGGUGCAACUGCCGCCGCUCCAUGUGCACCAAAAAGUACUGCGAGUGCUACCAGGCUGGAGUGGGCUGCACAGCUGGCUGCAGAUGUGCAUCGUGCCAGAAUCCCCACGGUCGCAGCGGAGGUAUGCUCUUUCUCCUGUCCCCCGCGUCUCGCGUCUCCGAGUAUCCAUGCAGCACCACCCCCUCUCUCACAGCUCCUUGUUUCGUGUUCCUUGUUUACCUGUUUCUUGGAACAAUGCUGGACUGUGUGCUCUCUGGCCCGUUGUUCCCCAUGUGUGCAGAUGUGGCAGCGCUCCUGUCUGAUGCGGACCGCAGUCACGACCGUGCUCUGCGCACACACUCUCCCUCCCCCGCUGCCACCCCCCUUCGCUGGCACCCGCCCGCCGCAUCGCCUCUGCACUCGUCUGCAGCGCGCCGCAGCCUGCCCUUCUCGCCCUCCCCUGUUGACUCCUCCCGCGUGCUGUCCGGCCGCGUGCCUUCAGCAUUGGACCUGUCGCACCUGCCGGAACAUGCCAGCCCAUCACCCACCAUCUCUGCCACGCCUGCGGCUCACUCCCAUUCCCAAGCGCCAGACCCCCCUGCUGCACACGAUCGCCUUCAUGUUCCUGCUGCAGCCUGCCCCUUACCAUCCUCCAAGCCACAUCCAGAUACCACCUCCACCAAGCCCGCCUCCGCGGAUGCUCACCAUGCCCUCGCGGCCUCUGCUGGCCCCGUAGCAGCAGCAGCAGCAGCAGCAUCGCCCGUUGGAGGAAGAGAGCCCUUGAAGCCCCCCCCUGCACCACACCAGUUCCGCCUGCCUGCCACCCCCCUGCGCGCCUCCUCUGCUGCGUCCGCGCGCCUGCAACUGAGAGGCCCGGGCUGUGUGGCCAAGGUAGAGGAGGGCGGGGACGUGAAGCCCGGAGGAGCUGCUGCAACGUGGAGCGCUCCUGGCGAUGCAGCAGCAGCUGCAGCCGCUUCAGCAGCAGCAGCAGAGGAGGCGGAGCUGCUUCAGGUCGAGUCGUUUCUGUCGCUGCAGCAGGAGGACGCGGGGCAUGAAGCGGGGGAGAAGGGAAUGCAGGCGCCAUGCGAUGGCAAUGGAGAGAAACUGGGCUUGUUAGUAGCAGGGGUUAAGGAUGUGAAGGCGGAGCAGGAGCAGUGGCAAGAGAGGGGCAGCGAUGAGGGCAGUGGCAGGGUGGUGGCAGUCACAUGCCCGUCCCAGAAGCGUGUAUUGCCUCCUCUCAUGAGCCAUGAUGGGCAAAGCAUGGGCAUGCAUGUGCGUGCGUGCGCCACGAGGGGGGAUUUGGAGCCUGGACCAAGGGCAGAAGUGGGCGGUGGAUAUGCAUCAGGGCAGGAGCGAGUGGGCAGGGGAAUGGAAGAAGAGGCAGAUGAGGAGAGGAGCGAGGAGAGGGGAGAGGGUGGUGUAGGCCGCAAGAGGAUGCGGCUGAUUGGGUAA